UUUUCCCUCAUUUAAUUGAUGAUUUUAGCACAGUACUCAUUCUUCAUUCUCUUGAUCUAUUUAUACUGACAUUUGUUCUUGUUAUUUCAUACCAGAGAUUAAUAAUGAGUUGCUUAACAUGGUCUUUUAAACUUUUCUGUGCCUUCCUCUCAUUGUUCUUGUUUCCACUAGCCUAUGGAGAACUGUGCUCUUCUGAUCAGAUUUCUGCAUUGCUUCAAUUUAAGCAACUCUUUUCCUUCACAAAUGGUUCUUCCUUCAAUUGUGAUUCUUUCCCAGACCAACCCGUUUGUCAAGGAGUGUGUCCUUCUUCUUCAAAAAUAAAGUCCUGGAAGGAGGAUACUGAUUGUUGCUCAUGGGAUGGUGUUACUUGUGAUAGGGUGACUGGUCACGUGAUUGGUCUCGACCUUAGUUGCAGCUGGCUUCUUGGUAAUAUCCCUUCCAACAGUAGCCUUUUUCUUCUCCCUCAUCUGCAAAGCCUGAACCUCGCUUUCAAUGAUUUCAGUUCCUCUCAGAUAUCUUCGAGUUUUAAUCGCUUCCCAAAUUUAACACACCUUAACCUCUCUACCUCAAACUUUUUUGAUCAAGUUCCAUCUGAAAUCUCCCAUUUGUCUAAGUUAGUUUCACUUGACCUCUCUAACAAUUAUGUAAUCCUUGAAACACCAGCCUUGAGAGGACUAGUUCAAAAUUUGACCAACUUAAGAGAGUUAAUCCUUGAUCAGGUAGACAUGUCUACCGUAUCACCUCAUUCCUUGUCAAAUCUAUCUUCUUCUUUGGCAUCUUUGAGUCUUGGAUCUUGUUUAUUGAAAGGGCGUUUUCCAGACAACAUCUUCCACCAACCAAACCUGCAAAAACUCAAUUUAGGAUUUAACAUCAAUUUGACAGGUGUUUUUCCGAAGAGUAACUGGAGCAGCCCACUCAGCUUUGUGAAUGUCUCUUUCACAAACUUUGAUGGAGAAUUAUCCGAUGAUGCAAUCAGCUCUCUCAAGUUCUUGAACACUUUGGAUCUCUACUACUGUCAUUUCAAUGGCUCGAUUCCUGCUUCACUUGGUAAUCUUACCAAACUUGCUUAUUUGGACCUAGCAUAUAACUAUUUCACAGGUUCUAUCCCAUCCUCACUUUCCAAUCUUGAGCACCUGCGUCAUCUAACUUUAAGAGACAACAGUCUCACUGGUGAAAUUCCUGAUAUAUUUUUCAACUUAACCCAGCUUUCUUUAUUUGAAGUGUCCUGGAAUCGACUAUCCGGUCCAAUUCCUACUCAUGCAAGUCGGCUCAAAAAUCUGGUCACUCUCUCUUUAGGUUCCAACUUACUCAAUGGGACAAUACCAUCCGGGCUAUAUACUCUUCCAUUAUUAAACAACAUCGACCUGAGUUGCAACCAGCUAACGGGUAACAUUGAAAAAUUUCAGAACUCAUUGCGAGUCAUCCAGUUAAAUAAUAAUGGGCUGAAUGGUUCAAUUCCAAAUUCAAUCUUUGAGCUUGAGAAUCUGACUGAUCUUGUACUUUCUUCAAACAAUUUGAGUGGUGUUCUAGAGCUUUACAUGUUUGCAAAGCUGGAAAACCUUCAAAUUCUUGAUCUUUCUCAAAACAGUCUGUCAUUGAGCACCGCAUUUAAAGCCAAUUCUUCCUUUCCUAAACUUUAUAGGUUAGGACUAUCUUUUUGCAACAUCAGAGAGUUCCCAUACAUCUUGAGAGGUCAAAACCAACUGAAUAGUUUGGAACUUUCUGCGAACAAAAUCCGGGGUGAGAUUCCCGCAUGGUUAUGGGAAUUGGGAAUGGGUAACUUGACUUUUCUAAAUCUUUCCCACAACUCUCUGAAAGGUGUCGGGCAGUUUCCAGGUGUAGGGCAGCUUCCAUGGAAUCUCCAAUAUCUUGACCUACAUUCCAACUUCAUUGAAGGAUCCCUUCCAAUUCCACCAUUUGGCAUGACACUGUUUUUGAUGUCAAACAAUAAACUGUCAGGUGAAAUACCUCGGUCAAUUUGCGAUAUCGGCACUAUUGAAGUUCUUGAUCUUUCUUACAACAAUUUGAGUGGCAAAAUUCCAGAAUGUCUGGGAAACUUUAGCAUCAAUCUUCAUGUAUUGGAUUUGCGGAAGAACAUAUUGCAUGGAAAAAUUCCUGGAACAUUUACAGAGGGCAGUAAUUUGAGAACACUUAACUUGAAUUACAAUGGAUUAGAAGGACCAGUCCCACGCUCUCUGAUCAACUGUGCACUGCUUGAAAUUCUAGAUCUUGGAAACAACAAAAUAAAUGAUACUUUCCCGUAUUGGCUGGAAAAUCUUUCAAAAUUGCAGGUACUUGUUCUUCGUUCCAACAACUUUUAUGGUUCUGUAUGGCAUUCUUCUGAUCGUGAUAAUAGCUGUUUCCCUAUGUUGAGAAUCUUUGAUCUCUCAAGCAACAGAUUUAGCGGUCCUUUGCCUACAAGGUACUUUGAAAAUCUAAAUGCUAUGAUGAUUAACGGCGAAUCCAUAAAGAAGUUGAGUUACAUGGGUGAAAAGUUGUAUUAUCAAGAUUCUGUGGAGGUGACGCUAAAAGGCAGGGAUAUCAUACUAGAGAAAAUAAUUACCACAUUUACCUCCAUUGAUUUUUCACAAAAUUACUUCGACGGAGAGAUUCCAAAAGUAAUCGGAGAGCUUCAGUCACUUCGACUCCUGAACCUUUCCCGUAACAGUCUAAAAGGCCUUAUACCUUCAUCAUUAGGAAAUUUGACCCUUCUCGAAUCCUUAGACUUAUCUUCAAACAAGCUUGUUGGACAUAUUCCAUCACAGUUGGUAAGCUUGACGUUUCUUUCAAAGUUAAACCUGUCACAAAACCAACUUGUGGGACUUAUUCCUCAAGGAAACCAGUUUAAUACCUUCUCAAAUGAUUCAUUCGGUGGCAACUUGGGAUUAUGCGGACUUCCAUUGAUGAAAAAAUGUGAAGAGCCAUCAUCAUCGGUAUUCCAUGAUGACGAAGACCACAAUAAGUCAAACCGUUUCAAUUGGAAAGUCAUUAUGACGGGUUAUGGAUGCGGUCUGUUGCUCGGCUUGUUUAUCGGAUAUACUGUUUUUUCUACAGGAAAGCCACAGUGGUUUCUAAGGAUGAUUAAAAGCAUUCUUGGAAAAUCUGAAUAGAAGAUGCAAAGGAAUGUUUGAAAGAGGCCAAGCGGGAAUGAUGCUCUAACUGGGAUAUUCAUGUAUGAUUCUACGGUCUGUGAGAGCACGAUUGAGAAGAAACCCUAUAUAUGCCAGAGUUAGAAUUGCUACAGUAGAUGAUGUUGCUCUUGGACUUCAAUAUAUAUGAUGUCGAUGAGAUGAGUAUUUAAUAAAGAGUUACGUAAUUGCCAGAGUUUAAUAAGAUUUUUAGAAUGUUAAUUUGAUGAGCCAUUGAAUGAGUUGAAUGAUUUUUAGAAGAUAACAAGCCAUGCAUAUAUAUAGCCAGAACUCAUGCCCUCUAGCUAGCUCCUGAAUCUUGCCCUGUUUCUUGUAUCUAUAUAUGGAUUUCUUAACUACUUUACAAUUAUAAAAAUAAGUUACAAAGUAAUUGAAUUUGCUAUAUAUAU